UAUCACUUUCUUUCUCUAUAACCGUUUUCUCUCUCUAAAACUUAAAAAACCAUGCCGGUUCAUCUUCUUGGUUUUCCCAUCAUCGACGAACCGGCCGCGUUACAAGAAGUUGCAUCCGCCGGUUUAAAGAAUAUGGAACAACUUAUUCAAAUGAUUUCUCAUCAAUCUCAGUUGAACCGGCCGGUUUAUAGGGAGAUCGCUCAAACUAGUCGGACCGGUCAUGCUCGUUUCCGCCGCGGACCGGUUAUGGUUUCUCGCGAUUCACCGCCUCCUCCUUCUUCUUCCUCGUCGGUUUUCGUAACUCCGAUUCAAUCGCAAACGCAAUCGCCACCGCAAACGCAACCGCAGACGUUGACGCUUGAUUUUACGAAACCUAAUCUAUUGAACUCGAGUAUUAAGAAGAAUAAUAUCGAGAUGGGUUUUACUAAAGAACAGAGUUUCAGUAUCUCGCCGCCGACGUCCUCGGCGAAUUCGUCGUUUAUGUCGACGAUUACCGGCGAGGGAAGCGUUUCGAACGGAAAAUUGAGACCGUCGCUUUUCCUAGUACCGAAUCAAGCUACGGCGGUAACGAAUUCCGCCGGAAAACCGCCUUUAUCAUCUUCAUCUCACCGUAAACGUUGCCAUGACCAUGAUAACAACUCAGAUUUCUCCGGCAAAACCUCAAAUUCCGGCCGUUGUCAUUGUUCGAAAAAGAGGAAAACCCGGAUGAAGAAAGUGGUUAGGGUUCCGGCGAUAAGUUCAAAGGUGUCUGAUAUUCCGGCGGAUGAGUAUUCAUGGAGGAAAUACGGUCAAAAGCCGAUCAAGGGUUCACCAUAUCCACGGGGAUAUUAUAAAUGUAGUACGGUGAGGAAUUGUCCGGCGAGAAAGCAUGUGGAGAGGGCGAGAGAUGAUCCGACGAUGUUGAUUGUGACUUAUGAUGGGGAACACAGGCAUCAAAUGGGUGCGGUGCAGGAGAUUGUAGCUCCUGGUCUAAGUUUGGCGUUUGAGUCAACGUAGGGAGAUAAUAAUAAUAAUUAUGAGUGGGGAAAGGGAGAAAUUUAGGGGAAAAUAGGACAAGAAAGUAGGGAGAUUUUAGUCAUUUCACAUUUUGUGAGUUUUCUUUUUUUUUUUUGUCUUUUACUCUCUUUGCUUUGUGGGUCCUUUCAUCAGAUUCUACAUGUAAAUUUUUAUUAAUAUAAAAUAUAUUUUAAGAAAAUAUUA